UGGCCACUAAAUUGUCCUUGAAUUAUCUUGGAUUUUAUAGUUCCCCUCGAAUGAUCUCAUGACGAAGAAAAGAGAAUGUCCUCGGAAGAAAAGAGAGCCAUUCUCGGUUACGGUUAAACAAGUUUUAUCACGAGAUCAGGACAACCAGAAAAGGUGGCCUUUCGUGAAAAGUUGAAUCGAUUCAAGUCUUGUUCCACUUUCAAGGACCAUUGCGGUUGAAGGACAAAGGAACAAGGAACAGCUUCUUCUCCCAAGCCAUCACAGACUUUGUCACCCUAUUUCUAGAUCUGAUAGGUGGUAGUACUAGAUACUUGGUUCCACAAACAGAUUCAUCUUAACUCGACCGUGAACACUAUCAAAGAAAACAAGGUUGCAUAGUUCCAGAAACGGAUAUCCCUAAAAAGAGGCAUUCGAGUAUUCCGAACCUGAAGGCCGGCGAGAGUCAAUGGAACUAGAUUAUAAACAUUGGAAGGGCACUACAACCUUGUCGUCCCGUGGAACUAGAACAAACCAUUGACGUCUUAUGGCCUGUGUUCCCUCUUCCUUCCCGCACCAUUUCGGUGUAAUUGCCGCUGAAGGUCUGUUCUCACUUCAGUGUGGAACCAGUGUGGAACCGACCAAGGCACUCCCUUGUGGAUCAGAGUUCAUCAAAGGGAAAUUACAGCUUAAGGCCACCAAGGAUUGUAAGAGUGAGCCAUGAUCGCUUGAGAGUUCAAAGCCGAUUCAGAGCCAGUCCUGAUCCCAGUGGUAAAAUGAUAUUGACUAUUCUAUUGCUGCUCUUGAGUGGAGAUGUGGAAACAAAUCCUGGACCUCCACGAGGGAGGCCUGAGCCCAAACCCGACAAGAAUAAGAUCAUGCAAGACAAAGUGGAGGCUCAUGGGACCAAGCUGGAAGAGUUGGAAAAUCUUGUCAAGUCUCAAGCUGAACUAAUCGAGACGCUUCAAGCCAAACAGGUAGAGAUGGCAUCUGAACUGGAGACAAAACAGGUAGAGGCCCAAACAAAGUUGGAAGACCUGAAGGUAGAGUUCGAAUCCCAGCAAAAGCGCGACCAGACAGAGCAAAGCCGGGUUAAUGAGGGCCUCAAGUCCGACAUCGAAAAGGUUUAUGGCAAACUCACCGGUAUGGACGACCUUGGCAUGCAAAGUGAGGAUACUUCCACGAAACUUCGCGAGUUGGAGGCCGAACUUGAGGAGGUGGUCGAGAAGCUCUGGGAAUUGGACAAAAGCUGGAAGAAUAACCUGGUCUUCUACGGGAUCCGCAGUGAUGUUGGCACGGAUGAGAACCCUUCCAUAACCGAGUCCAAGAUCAAGGAAGUGAUCAGUAAGAAAAUGCAAAUCUCCAGGGAAAUUCCCAUCCUCCGAGCCAAACGUUCCUGGAAUGGCCCUGAAGUCCGUGGCAGUAAACCCAUCACGGUUUACUUUGAGAAAUGGCAGGACAAGGACGAGAUCCUUCGGAAGUCGUCCAAGCUCAAGGGCAGUAAUAUCUAUAUUGGCGAGGAUUUCUCCAAAAGAGUCAAGGACCAACGCGUUGAGCUUCAAAAGUUCAUGCGUACGAUGAGGAAGAGGAAUCCGGGUGCCAAAUUUCUUCUCCAAUACGACAAGCUCUUCAUUGACAAAGACAUUUACGUCUUCAAUGAACUGACCGGACAAGUGGAGGAAAUGCACUCUGGGACCCUAGAUACAAACGGCGACCAUUCCCAUCCCAUUUCUCCUACCCGCUCAGCUCAUUCCAAGCGCAGCAAGUCAAGUGGCAGGAAACGCCUCCAAAAAUCUUACUCCACAGAGUCGUCCUUGAACCACAUCGUUGGCACUACCAACGUUCAUCCACCAGAUUCCCCACAAAAGUCCCCGACCAGACCAAUCCGAAACGACUCCGAGGAUGACACUAAACCAGGCGUGGAAAUAACAAGAUCCGAGUCUAGAGAAUCCGACAGUCACGACGACGGCCCUGAUGAAGACAACGGACAUCACGCCGAUGAAAACGGCCUCUCCGAUGGAGGCGACGAUAUCGUCGACUAUACAGACUCUGAGCCGUACAGUCCAAGCAGAAGGUUGAAUCCACAAAUCCCUGAAACUAUUCCAGAAUGAAAGGUGAACUACCAAUUCCGACUUAGCAUGGCCGCAUUUUUCUCUCAACGGAACAACUUCAAAUAUGAUUACGAAACCUACGAAAUAAAUCUUGCAUAGAUUUCUGA